CGGUACGCGGUGGCGGUGGGGACCAGGCGUCGCGGGGCGCAGCAUGCGGAGCUGGUGGCCGCCGCGCUGCGGGCGCUGGGGAUGUCGACCUACAAGCGGGCCACGCUGGACGAGGAGGACCUGGUGGACUCGCUGUCUGAGGGUGAAGUGUACCCAAACGGCCUGCAGGUGAACUUCCGCAGCCCCCGGCGUGGCCAGAGGUGCUGGGCUGCGCGGACCCAGGUGGAGAAGCGGCUGGUGGUGCUGGUGGCAUUUCUGGCAGCAGGACUAGUGGCCUGCUUGGCAGCGCUGGGCGUUCAAUACCGGACAAGAACCCCCACGGUGUGCCUAAGUGAGGCCUGCAUCUCAGUGACCAGCUCCAUCUUGAGUUCCAUGGACCCCACGGUGGACCCCUGCCAGGACUUCUUCACCUACGCCUGUGGUGGCUGGAUCAAAGCCAACCCCGUGCCUGAUGGCCACUCACGCUGGGGGACCUUCAGCAACCUCUGGGAACACAACCAAGCCAUCAUCAAGCACCUCCUUGGUAAGCACCCCGCAGGGAGCCCCGUGAAUGAGCCGCAGAGGAGAGCAGCCAGCUGGACCCACCUGCUCAGGUCUGGUGAAAGGAAUCGCUUGACAGAAUGGGAAAACCAGAGGCUUUGGACUGUGGCCUGGUUUUGCCCGGCAUGGACGCUAGGGGGCUGGAACAUCACCGGGCCCUGGGACAAAGACAACUUCCAGGACACUCUGCAGGUGGUCACCUCUCACUACCGCACCUCCCCCUUCUUCUCUGUCUAUGUCAGUGCCGACUCCAAGAAUUCCAACAGCAACGUGAUCCAGGUGGACCAGUCCGGCCUGGGCUUACCCUCAAGGGACUAUUACCUGAACAAAACUGAAAAUGAGAAGGUGCUGACGGGAUACCUGAACUACAUGGUCCAGCUGGGCAAGCUGCUCGGUGGAGGGGAUGAGGACGCCAUCCGGCCCCAGAUGCAACAGAUCCUGGACUUUGAGACGGCGCUGGCCAACAUCACCAUCCCCCAAGAGAAGCGCCGGGACGAGGAGCUCAUCUACCACAAAGUGACCGCUGCCGAACUGCAGGCCUUGGCGCCCGCCAUCAGCUGGCUGCCCUUUCUCAACACCAUCUUCUACCCCGUGGAGAUCAAUGAGUCCGAGCCCAUUGUUGUCUACGACAAGGAGUACCUGGGGCAGGUGUCCACCCUCAUCAACAACACGGACAAAUGCCUGCUAAACAACUACAUGAUCUGGAACCUGGUACGGAAGACAAGUUCCUUCCUUGAUCAGCGCUUUCAGGAUGCCGACGAGAAGUUCAUGGAAGUCAUGUAUGGGACCAAGAAGACCUGUCUUCCUCGGUGGAAGUUCUGCGUGAGCGACACAGAGAACAACUUGGGCUUUGCCCUGGGCCCCAUGUUUGUCAAAGCGACCUUUGCCGAGGACAGCAAGAGCAUAGCCAGCGAGAUAAUACUAGAGAUUAAGAAGGCGUUUGAGGAAAGCCUGAGCACCCUGAAGUGGAUGGAUGAAGACACUCGGAGAUCAGCCAAGGAAAAGGCAGACGCAAUCUACAACAUGAUAGGCUACCCCAACUUUAUCAUGGACCCCAAGGAGCUCGACAAAGUGUUCAAUGACUACACCGCAGUCCCGGACCUCUACUUUGAGAACGCCAUGAGGUUUUUUAACUUCUCCUGGAGGGUCACUGCCGACCAGCUGAGGAAAGCUCCCAACAGAGACCAGUGAGUCCCCGGGGCCUUGCUGG